GUGGCCCCGGCAGUACCGCAGCGGAGCUGUCAGCUCUGCCCAGAGCGCGCCGAGCCUCGCACUGUGCGCACUGCCGGGGCGGGCGCUGCUGCGCCCUGUGCACGGCGGGUCUCGCCGCUCGGCUCCACACCCCGUCCCGGGGCAGAGAUGGGACUUGCCUGCAGGCUGUGAAGGAGACCGUCCCCCGCCGCCGAGCGGCCAGCGAACAGAAAAAUGAAAACCCACCCAGCCAUUGUUUUCCUCCUCCUCUUCGUCAUCAGUUAUGGCUCUUCUGAAAACUCAAGUACGUCCAGAGGGUGUGGACUGGAUCUUCUCCCCCAGUAUAUUUAUCUGUGUGACCUGGAUGCUAUCUGGGGAAUAGUAGUGGAGGCGGUUGCUGGAGCAGGAGUGCUGACGACAUUGCUGUUGAUGCUGAUUUUGCUAGUGAGGUUGCCAUUCAUCAAGGACAAAGAGAAGAAGAGCUCAUUGGGAAUGCAUUUCCUCUUUCUCUUUGGGACACUAGGACUGUUUGGGCUGACUUUUGCAUUUAUCAUACAGGAAGAUGAAACAGUAUGUUCCACUCGAAGGUUUCUGUGGGGCGUUAUCUUUGCGUUGUGCUUCUCCUGUUUGCUAGCUCAAGCCUGGAGAUUACGUAGACUAGUUCGACAUGGUAAAAGUCCAUCUGGCUGGCAUCUAGCUGGCAUGGCAAUCUGUCUUAUGCUGGUCCAGGUCAUUAUUGCAACAGAGUGGCUAAUACUGACAGUUGUGAGAGAUAAGAAGCUGGCCUGCAAUUAUGAGCCAAUGGAUUUUGUUAUGGCUUUGAUUUAUAUUAUGUUCUUGAUGAUGGUUACCAUGGGAGUCUCUCUGUUCACCCUGUGUGGAAAGUUUAAGAAGUGGAAGAAAAAUGGAGGAUGCCUCAUUAUAACGAUUUUUUUCUCGAUUCUGAUUUGGGUAGCUUGGAUAACUAUGUAUCUGUUUGGCAAUACUGAACUGAGGAAAAAAGACAAAUGGAAUGACCCCACUCUUGCCAUUGCACUGGUGUCCAGUGGUUGGGUGUUCGUUAUUUUUCACGCUAUCCCAGAAGUUCAUUGCACCAUUCUUCCAUCACAGCAAGAAAACACACCCAAUUAUUUUGAUACUUCACAACCAAGAAUGCGUGAAACUGCUUUUGAGGAAGAUAUACAACUUCCUCGGAGCUACAUGGAAAAUAAAGCCUUUUCAAUGGAUGAACAUAAUGCAGCUUUAAGAACGGCAGGAUUUCGCAACGGCAGCUUGGGAAGCCGACCUAGUGCUCCCUUUAGAAGCAAUGUUUAUCAGCCAACUGAGAUGGCAGUUGUGCUCAAUGGUGGGACUAUACCAACUGCUCCGCCAAGUUACACUGGAAGACACCUCUGGUGAAAGGCUAUAGGUUCUAGAGAUAAGAAUCUUUAUUACAAAUGUUAUUCCCUGGCAGUGUGUCUUUCUAAGGGAGGAAUCAAUAAUACCACAGCAAAGCAGCCAGACAUCCAGGAGCUUUGGAAUCCUUGAGAGGAUUUUAUGUAAAUGUGAAUACUGUUAAACUGAUGAGCUAAUCACAAAAACAAAACUCUGCAAAAUUCAAGAUUAAUUUAAAAUAGAAAUAGGCACACUUUGAAAUGGAAGAGAGGACACUGAGCAUUCUUAAGUGAGAGAUAUAACCUGUCUAACUAAUGUGCGAGGCAAGCCUGAUUUGGGUUGGUUUCCAGCUGUUUGCAAAAAAAAAAAAAAAAAAAAAAAAACCACAACCCCCUCUCCCGCCCCAACUCUCCCUUACCAACUUAAUCCAUGCUGCCAUAAGAGAUUGCCACUACAGUGUGAAAGUAUGCAGGGUUUCUUCCUACUUUUUUUUUUCCUCUCUUCAUUUCAAGUGUCGUGAAGUGUCUUGGUUGCUCCAUUAUCCAUCUCUAUGUGAAUGUCAUCUAGGGUCAAGCAUCAUCAGUCUCUGGCAACUAAAUUACCAUUUCUCAACAAUGAGACGUGAUCCACUUAAGGGGGAAAUAAGUAUCCGAUUUGGUUGUGGUGAAAGGAAAUGACUGUAUGCUUCAUGCAACUUUGUCAAGCAACAUUUGUGAAGAGUGAAGGUAGAGGCAGAUUACCUCAGCAAUGUAGAAUCAGACACUGCAGUUCAAGAUGCCCUGUUGAUACAGUCUCACUCCAGAGUAUAAACAAACAAAGAACCACAUGUUCUCAAACCCUUGAGAAUUUUUUUUAAUGCAUGUACACUUAGGGGCACUAAGUCAAAUUAUGGAGGGACAAGCUUCAGCAAAGGCUCUUAGGGCUAGUCUACACUUACCUGCCGGGUCGACGCGGUGAGUUCGACUUCUUGGAGUUCGAACUAUCACGUC